CAAUCCCGCGAAAGUACAACGGAGGAAUUUCGUGUCGCAAAGCUGAUUCUCGCGGGUUUCCACCCCGGGUUUCAGUUUGCCACGGCCGUGAGGGAUUCCUACGUGUCUAAACCCAACGGAUUGUUAAUUCCGCCGUAAUAUACUAGUCACCGUAUCAGAGAACCGGGACAAACUCGGCGUGUUUUUGCUUUGCAGUUACCAUGUUCGAUUCCCAUUCUCGUUGAUAUAGAUCAAGAUCGGCGCGUUUGUGUAUGCAUGUGCCCGUGUGUGUAUGCUUCGCGGCUGUGCAUGAAGAUACACAUUUCGGAAUUCAGGCGCGAGACUGUCGAACGCACUUUGUCGGUUUAGUUAAAAAUAACCCUAUCGGCUAAAGUAGCCGCAAAGGUCUCUUGUUCCUCUGAGAGACUGUUUGUUUUUUGUUUAAUUUCUUUACCGGUGUGCUAGCCACAAUGACUACCUACAGAACCGACAGUCAAGGAAAAUUCAUUCCUGCUUCACAGCGUCCAGAUGGUACGUGGCGGAAGCCAAGGCGAGUGCGCGACGGGUACGUGCCACAAGAGGAAGUGCCGCUGUAUGAAAGCAAGGGUAAACAGUUUGCCCAGAAACCGAUUCUACCGCCCGGAUUGUCACUAGAGGUGGUCCAGAAAGCGAAAGAAAAGCGUGAACGUGAAAGACUUCGGCAGCAGCGUGAAGAAUUGCGCAAAGCUCAACAGCCAAGCGUUAUUGUCGUUGACGAAGGCGAGAAACAGAAAACUAUCCUAGCUGCUGGUGGUGGGAAGGGUCGCAGCAAAAAGACACCUGAACUGCCCGAUAUUCUGCUAGAUGAGCGGCCUGCGACCACCAUCAGUGUUGUGCAACACAAACCGAAACAUUCUAAAUCGGUUGUUCAUCCGCCAUCCCAGCAAAAACCACCAGACCCAAAAGCGAUAACCCUUACGGCCAUCGCGAAUGAAGAACUUGCUGCAGCGUUAGCAACGGGCGUCCAUAUUACUAAUAACCACCAAUCGCCUACGCUGACGGGAGCAGAGCAACCGCAGCCCGAACUGGUAAAAAAGAUGCGCAAAUUACGAAAAAAGAUACGCGAGAUUGAAGCGAUCGAGGAGAGGCUUCGGAGAAAUGAUGGUCCACCACCAGAUAAGGACCAGUUGGAGAAGGUAAAACGAAAAGCGGAGAUAUUACGAGAGAUUGAUGCGCUGGAAGCGCAACCGCCGUCGUUUGUCGGGCCUGCCAUUUGAUGUUGAAGAUAGUGCGUGAAAGCUCGCCGGGAGCAACUAACUAGAUCAUUAGUCGCUUAGUAGUUCGUUUCACCUUGAUCGUUGCCGCCCUUACUGUGCACAACCGCUACAAGUGGUACAAAUCCACGACCGCAAUGGUCUCUCGAGCACUUUCGUGGAAGCUGCAUCUAUCAAUGAAAGAGUGUGGUAGCCCUUUCCUCACUCUCGUGGAUCUCGAGGCUUAUAGAUACGAGAGACACUCGCGAUGGAAGCAAUCCUCCGAUAAAGUAUGGGCCCACAAUCGAAACGAAGUAUCGCUUUUUAGGAAAAACGAUACCAGCGGUCACUGUAAGUAUGUGUGACAAAACAGCGUGUAAAAAAAUUGCCAGCAUUUAUUUUGUCGCAAGACUUGCGAAGAUGUUUGGUUCGGUUGUUUCGCAUGAAAACCGUAUUCGGAAGAAAAGCCACUGCUCAUCUACGCUAUUCCCGUAACCAACCAGCUCCAAAAUCGUUUAACGUAAAAAGCCUCACUAAGUAGAAGAUAAGCAUCUUUGUAGGCCUAGCUGAUAAGGCUGCUUAAUGAGAAGGAGCAUAUGUUUUAAAGAGUUUGUUAUGCGAAAUCAAAAGUGAAAGAAACACAAUUGUUUAAGUUAAGAGUAAGUCAAAUAAAUGUU